AUAUGUCGUUGAGUACUGUGUGUCUUCGGCGAGAAGCAGGUCACAAAACCACCUCUUAGAUUGGCCUUCUUUAAUAAGCUCACCGUAAAUUGUAUAGAUUUACAAAGUGAGUUAAUAAGUAUCUAUCAGCAUGCCAUCUCUUGCGCUAAGCAUCGCCAAGAAGAAUCAGCAAAACAAGAAAACCAGCAAAUAUGGAAUUGAAGUAGUAAGCAAUUUGGCGUGGAAAGGCUGGGAACCAGGUGGCGAAUAUACAAAACGUAUUGUGCUGAAAAAUGUGCUUGUAAAAACUCAGAAGAUAAAGUACAGUAUUCCUAAUUCACGUUUCUUUACCACCCUCUACCCUGAGACGAUUGUUCUUAGUGCUGGAACAAGUUUUAGUCUGCCGGUUACAUUUAGACCACUGGACAAGAUACCAUAUGAUGAUAAAAUUGAAUUUAAGACAUCAGAAGGUAUAUUUGAAGUUCCUCUGUCUGCUGUCCUACCAAAGCAUGACUUGUCAUUGCCACAAGAACUGAACUUUGGGAUGUGUGCAGCUGCUGAUAGUGUUCAGUUGACAUUUGAAGUGUUCAACAAAAGUGAGCUUCCAACAAAGUUUGUGUGGGCUGUAAGUGAACCAUUUGUCAUCCAGCCUCCAGAGGGCUCUCUUCAACCAAAGUCCAAGUGCCAGCUAGUUGCAACGUUCAAACCCACAUCUGCCUAUGUUCAUGAGACUGUAGCUGAAUUACACUAUGGAAGUGAACUUCAGUGUUGCAAACAACUUAAACUAGAGGGCAUUGGUAAAUACCCACAUUUGUUGGUAUGUAGUGCGGGUGAAAAGCCAAAUGCGAUUAACAACCCAGGCAUGGAGAACAUCGUCGAUUUUGGAGAUGUAGCUAUUGGAAAGACACGGGAGAAGAUGAUAGAACUUCACAACCUAUCGCCGGUGAAGGCGCCGUUCACUGUAAGCCAUCCGACAGCUGGCUCACGAAUGGAUACAGUGUUCAUGUGCAAAGAGACGCAUGGUGUUGUGCCAGCAAUGGGUAUCACUAAAAUACCAAUAUCUUACUUGCCUCACUCAGUCAGUUCUCAGUGUGUGGAUUAUGUACAUGUACAAGCUAUUGGCAAUGUGACAAAGACAGUGGUUAAGCUGAUUGGUAAAUGCAAAGGACCAGAAGUAAGUUUAAAUACAAACAUUGUGAACUUCAGCAGAGUUGAUGCAGGCACAGUAAGCACAAGGACUCUAGACAUUGUGAAUACAUCCGAUGUGCCAACAGCUUUUCAGUUCAUGAUUGAUGGUGAAGAAAGCGUGUUUAAAUUCAGUGUGGAAUGUGGCACAAUGGAUGCUAACACCACUACAACAGUUGUUGUCCAGUUCGCUCCUUUGCAUCCAAUCAACUAUUACAGAAGAGUCGCAUGCAUUGUACAGAAUCAGAACCCGCUGUUUGUUGAUUUGAUUGGCACCUGCCAUACUGAACUUGGCAAGCCAUCAGUGCUGGAGCCAAAACACCUUGAUCACUACAGAGUUCAUCAGACCAGAGGUUUCUCCAUGUUCCCACCUGAGCAUUUGAAUGAGUUGCUUAAAGAUGGUAAGCUAAAGUUGGAUGACGAUGGUUACCUAAUGAUGCCGCAAGCAGAGUCCAUCGAAAGCUACCUCAAGCCACAUCCACUUCAAUCACCUAUGGCAGAGUUCAUAAAUGAUGGAUAUUGUAUACAAAAUAAGGUCUCACCACUGCAUGUCAGUAUGGACACUAACCAGGUAGACUUUGGUUGUUGUACCGACUUGACACACAUUGGAUUUAAAACUCUGAAUGUGACGAACAACACCAAAGGCAAAGUGACGGUUGUGUGGAUGGGUAGUCCCGAUAACAACUUCUCGGUUUCUCCUAUAACCUGUGAUAUACCACCACUGAAGAUGACUUCUUUUAGGGUGACUUUCAAACCAAAUGCUCCUAACCAGUUCUUUGGGGCAGAGUUAGAAGGAUAUGCCUUUUAUAAGAGUAUGCGUGAUUAUCGUUUAGUGCAAGAUGAAACGUUCUGUCCACCAUGGUGCCUGACUGUGAAUGCAGUUGGACAGACAUUCCAACAAGGACAACAGACGUUUCUACCAAGGCUUACGUUUGACAAGAAAGAAUUGGUUUUUCCAGCUGUCGACAUUAAUGAUUGUGUCUAUAAAACUGUUCUUAUGACAAACACAGGAACAACGCCGAUUCGCUAUAAAUUUGACAGUGAUCCAUCCGGGUCGUUCCUUGUGAAGCCAUGUAAUGGUUUGUUGCGUGGGAAACAUCAGCUGUUUGUGUUUCAAAUGAACCCUAAACAGGCAAAUGUGUUAAAACAUGGCUUCAAUUGCUACAUCAACGAUGAUCCAAAGUACACAAAGCAGUUGUUAGCUUGUGGGUCGUCAGAGACACCAGAAAUACUACUGGAAAACAAGGGCACGCUCUUUUUUAAACCAACGUGUAUUGGAACAUCCUCAACAAGGGUUUAUAGAGUGAAGAAUACUUCCAGAGUACCCCUUCAAUUUGAAUGGAUUAUUCCUUCUAGUGACAAGAAGUAUUUGUCAGUACAGCCAACCAAAGGAGUCAUUAUGCCAAACGAAACACAGACUCAAGAAUGGAAGUUUACCCCAAAAGAAAACAAUAGACAUGUGCUGAAGCCUUAUAUGUAUGUUACAGACACCAGACACAUUGGAGAUUUGAAAAAAAGGAAGAAGUUUUCUUUACGAGUGAUAGGGGAAGGCUCAGUUGGUGAGAUUAAGGCUGGGAAGGAACAUAUAGAUUUGUCUGAUGUGGUCGUUGGCACAGCUGUUACUACAGACAUGACUCUCGUCAACAUGAGUGAUUGCAGUCUACACUACAAGUUGACAGUUGAACAAUGCCUUGAUGGUCCUAACUGUAAUGAUACCAUGCUUAAUGAUCAACCUGCUGUGGAACUUAGUAUUAGCAAGGACAUCUUACCCGCCAGAUCAGAGCGUAAAAUAUUUGUCACCGUGAGACCUGUAAGACGUGUGAACUACACAUUCCGAGUGAACUAUCAAAUACUGAUGCCAGAGAGAAUUGAAAAUGCGAUCCCUAUUGAGCCGGAGAAGCAGUUGUGUGAGCUUACAACCACUGGAGUCUACCCAAGCUUAGCGGUCACGGAUGCGAGGUGUUACGGGAGCGCAUGCGGAGUCAGCAAAGCACGGCUCUGGAGUUUGCUCUCUUUGGAUAAUUUGAAUGUUUGUCUUGACUCUGAUCCAAGCGCGGAAGAGUUGAUGUACUCACGUAUCACAAGGCAUAGCACAAGGAGGAAGAUACCAGUCCAAACAAGAUCAAUAUUAGAUUUCAACUUUGGAGCUGCUCCUCUAGGGGCUGAACCUUGCCUUAUCCAUCUAAUGAUCGAGAAUACUGGCACAGUGCCAACAGACUGGGCUUUAUUAUUUCCAAGUGACCUUCAACUUGAGUUAGAAUAUUGGGCAGAGACAGGUGAAUUUGAUGCAGAUGAGCUGCAUGAGAUGAGAAUAAUGGACAACAAACUGUUCGAUAUCCAGCCCAGGAAAGGUCAUCUUGAUCCAGGUCAAAGUGACACUAUUACUCUGACGUAUAAUCAUGACUUUGCAGGCACUGACCGCUUACCAGUUCUCUUUAAAGUCAUGAGGGGAAGAGAAAUUUUGUUGAAUUUUAUUGGUGUUACUGUUGACCAUGAUAAGAACUACGUACAUUUCCCAAGCAGCAAGCACAUGUUCUCGCCAGUACCUGUUGGUGGAGUCAAUAACCCCACACAGGUGUAUGAGCUGUACAAUGGGGGCGCUGUUGAAGUUACGUAUCAGCUUGAUCUGACCGCCUUAGAAUAUGUUAAAGAGGAAAAUUAUAAUCAUAAAAUAUUUGAAUGCUUAAACCCAAGUGGUGUGAUACAAGCUGGACAGACAGCUAAUGUGCAAUGGGUCUUUUCACCUCUGGAAUCGAAAACAUACAUGGUUGAUGUACCUAUUCACAUAAUUGGCGGUGACACAGCAUUGAUAACGUUCACAGGUGUCGGCUAUGAUAAACGGAUAAUGGGAGACACCAUGUGCUUCACAGACCAGACACAACUAUCAGGUGUUCCAGCAGUUCAAGGUGUUCCUAUUCCCAGACAGCUUCUGUAUCUGAGUGAGGAGCGUAUCUCUUUGGGCAACUUGGCACUUUUUAGCCAAUCACGUAAGCCGGUGUAUCUGACAAACAGAUCUCAAGACCACACUGUUGCAUUUGAGUGGUAUGUGACAAGUGAUGCCGACAGUCAGGUGAUUGACAUUCAGCCAGUGAGUGGAACCCUGUCACCAGGUCAGAGUAUCGUCUGUAAAGUUAAUUUUGUUGCGAGCGGUGAUCCAUCCUUCUAUGACUUGGACAUGGUGUGCGAGGUAACUGAUAUGACGAUCAUGAAUGAUUAUUUAGAGGAGUUGAACAAUUGGCAGACAGAACUACAUCGACAGAAGUAUGAAUUUUCAAUCACGGACAAGGAUUUGAACGGGCAUGUUCCCAAUAAACGUCUGUGCCAAGUAAUCAAGGAAGCCCAAAGAGUACCCUCCCCCGAGUACAAAAAAUAUCAUACUCUACCUCCAAUCAAACGCACUCGAACUGAGGCUCCUCAAGACGACCUACAAUUAGAGGAACGCCAGACAAGCACAGGGACGCCGCUAUGGGAGAAGCCCGAACCACCGGAUCCAUUCUUUCUUCAUCUAGGAAUAACGGCAAGGACACACUCGAUUGCAGAAUUCCAGACAAAUUUUCCAAAUGAUGUGCAGAAGUUUUUCAUUGACCGGAGUAUGAGUAAAGAGUCCCAACCAAGUCCAAGACACAAAAAGCUAAGCAAGAUACCGCUGGAACCAGAACAAUGCAGUGAAGAGGAAGAGAAUGCCGUCAGCCUCAUUGUUGCCAACAUCAUACGAGGUCUACUGGAUGAUCACGACUUCCAUGAGGCACUGAAGGAGAUUCCCAGGGAACCCAUUCCAUAUUUUAGCCAGUUUAGUGAACAGCCAGUGACCUUAUCCAGAAUGGAACAAACUCCAGUUGAACCAAGUAGGGAGUUGCCUGCAGAUGCAGACAAAUAUGAUAAGACGAUUGAUAUCCAAGUGUCUUCACCUGUGCCAUCUUUGAACUCAGACAAGAAUGGCUCAGUGAUCUCUCCAGUACCAAGUCUGGCAAAGAGCAGCAGUUCAUUAGGGGAAGAGAUGUUGUCUGCAGUUGCAUUCCAGUCAUCUUCGCACUCCCAUACAGAACAAGACUACCAGCAGAGUUUGAAAGAAGAGAAGAAGAGGUUACAACAACAAACACUGAAACGACUACCAGAGUUUGGAAACUUUCUGGAAUCGAUUCUGGAGAAUUCUAUAUUCAAUGUUAUCACUGAAGCAUUCCAGGGCAGUGUCAACCUGACCGCAAGGCCUCGGAUCAUAGCUCUACCGCCAAGCUGUCCUAGCCCGACCCAAAGGGUAGGUUCUGCUGGAUCAACCGAUAGCAGGCGGCCUAGAUCAGGAGGUAGAAACUCUAACAGAUUUGAACAUGGUGCUGUGCCUAGCCCAGUCAUUAUCAGAACACCAAGUGCUGCAUCGCAAGUUGAAAGUUGAACAGUGUGAACUUGGUUAAUGUUUUUACUUGUAAAUAGUUAUGUACAUCUUGAACGUUAUAAAUUACAUAAUAAUAUAUUUGUUUCUAUGUUCACUAAUUAAUUCUGCAAAACAGCUAAAAUUGUGUUAAUUCCAAGUAAGGUGUGUAAAUAGGUAUUUCCAAGUCAAGUGGCAGAUUCAAUGGGAUGGCCAGGGUGGGCCAUCCUCCUUCCCCCUCUCUAAAUUUGCGAAAGUUUGAAAAAAAAAAGAAGAAAAUUAUAUUCAAAUUUGAACUCUGAAAAUGAUAUUUCCUCUAUUUCAAAUCCCUGGAUUCGCCACUGAACACAAAACACAACUGAAGGAAUGUCGAAAUAGAAUUAAACGAUAAGAAGUUACAAGCAAGACCAUUUGUAGGGAGAAUGGAAAAAGUGUAAUGUGGCUAACCAUAAUUAGCAGUCAUUCUGAAAUAAUGAUGAUAUUAUUAGUAAAUUUUCUUUGGUACCAAUAUUGACAUAUUUUUAGAAUGGUGUUUUAAUGUUAGACAUAAUUAUUCUGGUUUAUUUAUUCACAUAAAAAAAUUCAUAUGCAUAAAAUUACUCAUUAGCAGCAAUAAAAGCUGAAUUGAGAGUGCAGUUGUUAGAAUAAAUUGAAUUAAAAAAUAUACUGUACCAUUUAAUUGGUGAAUAAUAUAUUUACACAUUAAGAAUUGAAUUACAGUACAUAGUGCCAUAAAAAAAUAAUCGUCGGUGAAGACUCUUCUGAUCAGAGCAGGAGCAAUUCCCGCUGAUUACCAGGAGACUUUAUUCGGGACUACAGGAGAGUUGAGACCCCAGGCUCUGGACUCUAAAUGUGGUUGUUAGAUGUCUCUUUUUAGAGGGAAAUAGAAAUAGUACAUUGUAUGUAGAAUUACAUAGCGCCAUAAAAAAUUGUUAGUGAAGGCAUAUGUGAUUAUACAAUACUAAAAUGUAAUAUUAUCUAUAAAUGCAUGGGCAUUAUCUGCUGUGUAAACAACUAUUUACCAACUGAAAAUAAUACUCUUUACUGUAAGUGCUUAAAGAUAUACUACUACUCAAAAAUACUACUUCAACGAAUCUUCAAUAAAACUGAAAUACUCAUUUAAAAGAACAUUAGAGUAUAAGUUUUCUAGGAACAACAGACCAAGAAAAUCGUUUAUUUUCUAAUAUCUAAUAAAUAUAUUUUUUAGAUUAUAUUCAAAUAGUAUAGGUAUGGUAUAAUACCUUGUGUUGAUUAAUGAUGGAAAUGUUUUUCUUUGUUCGAAUUUGAAGUUUAUAAGAUAUUUAGAUGGCUGUAUAUCUUUUAAAUGCUGAUUCUUUGUCAAGUUUUAUGUACCAAAAUACUUCUUUUCUUUAAACUUUAUUCAUAAAAGCAACGCUUACAUCCCUGCCAGAUUUUCUAGCUCAACCGACAGUCUCAUAUAUACUCAUAUUGUUAUAAUAUACAUGUUGAAUCUUGUGGUACACCACGUAAGUAGUUCUGAAAAGAACUGUUGAGUUGAGAAAGUCUCGACGUUUCGAUUGAGAUGCUUCAAUCGUCUUCAGGAGAAUAAUAUCUGCAGACACUCCAAACAGGGAAAUACUCAUAUUAUUAUAAUUAUAUUCGUUCUAAUCCAUACAGAACAUUAGUAUUUGUUUGGCUAUCAUUUGAGGUCUGUUGUAUAUAAUUUGUGUUUUUUUUUUAAAUGAUGUGUAUAUGAUUUUUAUAAUAUAUUUUCGUUAAUAAUAUUACUAUUUAUAAUAUUAAUACUAUGUAAGAAAUUGUUGAACGACUUUGGAAAUACUGUAAUGGCAUUACCAGUUAAAGUAUAAAGACAGAAUAAAUACUAUCGGUGAUUAAUGUG